AUGGGUCUUUGUUGUAGUUGCUUGGGAGACGCAAGCGAUGAUGCCAGCGUGCUUCCCAUCGCAGACAACGAGCGCGAAGCCGUAACCUCAUUACUGGGAUAUUUGGAGGACAAGGACCGGUUUGAUUUUUACAGUGGCGGUCCUCUUAAGGCUCUCACUACGCUGGUGUAUUCCGACAAUCUUAAUUUGCAGCGCAGUGCAGCACUGGCUUUUGCAGAAAUUACUGAAAAAUAUGUGCGCCCCGUUAAUCGCGAGGUCUUAGAACCCAUAUUGAUCUUGCUGCAAAGCAGUGACUCGCAAAUUCAGGUCGCAGCGUGUGCAGCUUUGGGUAACCUCGCUGUGAACAAUGAGAACAAAAUUCUAAUAGUGGAUAUGGGCGGACUUGAACCGCUAAUAACGCAAAUGAUGAGCAGUAACGUCGAAGUGCAAUGUAACGCGGUGGGAUGCAUCACUAACUUGGCUACGCAGGACGAUAACAAGGCCAAGAUCGCCACUUCUGGCGCACUCGUGCCUCUGACGAAACUUGCUAAGUCUAAAAACAUUCGAGUCCAAAGGAACGCCACUGGCGCUUUGCUCAACAUGACCCAUUCCGGCGAAAACAGACGCGAGCUUGUCAAUGCUGGUGCCGUUCCGGUUUUGGUCUCUUUGCUAUCUUCGGUGGAUGCUGACGUACAGUACUACUGUACUACGGCUCUCUCUAAUAUAGCAGUCGAUGAAUCAAACCGUAAAAAGCUCUCGCAAACGGAGCCUAGGUUGGUAGCAAAGCUGGUGGCGCUAAUGGAUUCUCCUUCUGCCAGGGUAAAAUGUCAGGCGACUUUGGCGUUGCGUAAUUUGGCUUCUGAUACCGGGUAUCAGUUAGAGAUUGUGCGUGCCGGAGGUUUGCCACAUUUGGCCAAACUAAUCCAGAGCGACUCUAUGCCACUCGUGUUGGCCAGUGUUGCAUGCAUCAGAAAUAUUUCCAUUCAUCCUCUAAACGAGGGUUUGAUUGUGGAUGCCGGAUUUUUGAAACCUUUAGUCAAGUUACUUGAUUUCAAAAGUUCCGAGGAGAUCCAGUGUCAUGCAGUCUCUACACUCAGAAAUCUGGCAGCUUCUUCCGAAAAAAACAGACGGGAGUUCUUUGAGAGCGGUGCAGUUGAAAAGUGUAAGGAGCUAGCCCUAGACUCGCCAAUGAGCGUUCAGAGCGAGAUUUCUGCUUGUUUUGCUAUUUUGGCUUUGGCAGAUAACUCUAAGAUCGAUCUGCUGGACUCCAAUAUCUUGGAAGCACUCAUCCCUAUGACAUUUUCCAAGAAUCAAGAAGUUUCCGGGAAUGCAGCUGCUGCGUUGGCCAACCUGUGCUCGAGAAUCAACGAUUACACCAGAAUUGCAGAAUCGUGGGAAAGACCAGGUGAUGGCAUCCGAGGAUUCCUGAUAAGAUUUUUGCGUAGCGAGUACCCAACUUUCGAACAUAUCGCGCUUUGGACUAUUUUGCAGCUACUGGAAAGCCACGAUGAGACUAUUCUCAAAUAUAUCAAGAACAACAAGGAGAUUGUCAAAAGCAUAAGGCAUUUGUCGGACGUGAAUUUCGAAAGCGCGCAGAAGGCGUCUGUGGCGAUGAACUCUCAAAGUGAAUCAGGGGCCGCCUCGGACCAGUUCGACAAUGCGAGUCUCGAACUCUACAACAUCACACAGCAAAUUCUUCAAUUCAUCGAUUAA